CAAGAUGGGGUUGUCAUUUACCAAGCUUUUUAGUCGCUUGUUUGCUAAGAAAGAGAUGCGUAUUUUGAUGGUUGGUCUCGAUGUAGUUGGUAAAACCACAAUCUUGUACAAGCUCAAGUUGGGAGAGAUUGUUACCACAAUUCCCACUAUUGGAUUUAAUAUGGAGACUGUUGAGUACAAGAACAUCAGCUUCACUGUUUGGGAUGUUGGUGGUCAGGACAAGAUCCGACCUUUGUGGAGGCACUACUUCCAGAACACACAAGGGCUUAUCUUUUUGGUUGAUAGCAAUGAUCGUGACCGUGUUGGGGAGGCUAAAGAUGAGCUCCACAUGAUGCUUAAUGAGGAUGAACUAAGAGAUGCGGUGUUGCUUGUGUUUGCCAACAAACAAGAUCUUCCAAAUGCCAUGAAUGCUGUUGAGAUUACUGAUAAGCUUGGCCUCCAUUCUCUCCGACAACGACACUGGUACAUUCAAAACACAUGUGCUACCUCUGGAGAAGGUCUAUAUGAGGGUCUGGAUUGGCUUUCCAAUAAUAUUGCUAACAAGGUAAAGCCUUUCACUGCUAUAAUUGGUAGAUUUUCAAAUUAUAGUGUUCUAAAAUGAUGAAAAUUGAAGGU